AUGGAUUUUAAAAAUGAUUAUAAAACAUAUGAUUUUAAGUUCAAGAAGGACGAAAAUCUAGAAAAUGGAUGUAAACUUGGAAUUAUUAAUUUAGAAAGGAUGGAUACGAGACUGCCAGACGAUGACAAUCCGUCAUCUAAAAUACAACUAAAGAAAUACCUAUCGCAAAUAAAGUAUAUGAGAAACUCUAAGGAACCUGAAUCAAAUUCGUAUAAAUUUGAAAGCAAUACAACAUUUAAGUCAUUUGAAUCACAAGACACAAGGCCCAUAAAAAAAGAGGACAGGCUCAAAAAACUCGAAAAGAGUUUGUCUGGAAUACAAAGUAGCGCUGAAUUGAAGAGGACUUCAAUAUUAGAAGAAAUUUAUCAAAAGAUAAAUAAAUUGGAAAACAAAAUAUUAGAUUCAGAAGAGUUUUCAGUUAAAAAGAUAGAAACGAUUAAUAAAAAGAUUGAAUCGUUAGAAACGUCAAUAGAUAACAUUUAUAAAAAACAUGAAAACGUUCUUAACGAAAAGGCGGAAGCCAUAGACAACAUUUGUGAAAAGUUUCACGAUUCCCUAUCAAAGGAACAUGAGAACUGGUUAACAGGGGAAAAGAAUAUAUUGGAGAAUGUAAACAAACAAAUUAACGCAAUGAAAGAUGAGAUAUCGGAAAUGAAAACAAUAAAAACGGAUAUUAUAUCAAAUUUUAAGUUGUACACAGAUGUUGAACUUCCUAAUUUUAAGGAAAAAAUAGAAAAGACAAGCACAGCAAUAUACACAAUGGAAGAAAGAGUAAUAAAAAACACAGCAGAAGAUCUGUUAACACUGGCGAAUUUUAUCAAAGAAGAAGAUGAAAAAAUAAACGACUGGAAGGAUAAGAUGAAGGAAGCAAUAAAUAAGGAGCUGAAACAUUUGCAAAUGGAGAUAAAAAAGGAGUGUGAAGAGAGAGAAGAUACACAAAAAAAGCUAAUCGUACUAAUGGAAGAAACAGUGAAAAGAUUAGAAUCACCUCUGUAA